AUGUCGAAGGCAUCAACCUGCACCACAGACCCAUUGAACAUUCUCAACUAUGACUGCGCGUGUCUAGUCCUCGAAAACCUCGACCUCCAGUCCCUUGGGAACGCCGAGGAAGUCAAUGAAGUCUGGAAGGAGACGAUCCAAUCCUGGAUGACGGGAUCGGGCCUUUUGCAACAUUUUCCAGAUGAGUGGAAGAAAGUAACCACCAUGCAGCGGGAUAACAACGAAACGGCCGAGCUCCCGAGAUACAACCGUGCCCUGAAGGUCUUCAAGAACUCCGCAAUCGACCAGCUAACGACAGAGGCAUGGAAAAGCGGACACGCCAACAGCCUGGUUCUGCGCAAUGCCGACGUCACGCACCGCAUGUGUCCACGUUGGGUUGGCUACCUCGGCGGCCUCUCAGGAGCAGGGGAAUUUCUCGCCUGGUGCGAGACCGGGCGCGUCCUGUACAAGCACGUUGACUCGGUACACCCAGCGCACGAACUAAACGUAGGAGUUAGCUCGGACCAGGUCGCACACAUGGAGCUGCAUGCGGGCGGGUAUCUGCUUGUCGUCGUGCUGGACGCUGAUCGUUCUAGUAACCAUCAGCACACGGAGCGUCUAUUCGACCUGAAGACCGGCAAGGCGCUGUGGUCCCGCGACUUACCCCCCGACUUAUGCGCCGACUUAACCGGGGACGGCGAGGAGGUCGACUUCAAACCGCUCGCGAUGGGCUGGGACAGGAUCUACUAUUUCGCACGCGAGCGGGCUAAGCUCCUCGUGCGUGAUUUCAGAACCGGUAGGCUGCUGCACACGCUGCACAUCGGCUUAUUCGCGCAGGGCUUCUGGGCGUGGGAGAAGAGCCGUGUGUGGCGCCUACGCGACCGCGACGUCCUCGUCAUGUUCCAGCACGCCCCGGGCAGCCGGUACACCAAUAUCGGCGCAGUCCACCUGAUCGAUACGGUCUCCGGCGAGACCCUGCAGCGGAUCCCCGUCGACAGCAGUGAGGAGUGCACGCUUGUGACCUCAACCCGGCGUGACGAGGUGGCCUUCGCGCUAGUCUGGGAGCUCAUGGGGUACACGGACCGGGACUCGUUCGCAGUGAGGACGCAGACGUUCGACUAUGACCGCGGCACUGGCAAGUUCGUGGAACGGGGUGUGCAGGAUAUUGAUCUUACCCAUCUUAAAGGACUCCCCGUAGGUUGGUUCUAUGCAGGGGUCAUGCAGUAUGAUCCGUUCCGGGGGUUCAUGGUUGCGGCCGACAUGGAGGGUCAGUGGACUCGGGUUAUUUCCUUGCCUGGGGCCCAGGACCAAUCCUCUUCCCGGGGACAGGUUGAGCCAGCAGUUUCGUCGAUAGUUAUGGGCCGGCGGCGGGCGAAGGCUGCGACGGUUAACGUGCCGGGGUUGGUGCGUAGUGCCAUAAUAGGGUGUGGAGGGAAGCGGCUGUACUUCCUUCGUCAACCGCGUGGUGUCUUCCAUGACAGCGUGCAGGUGAACAUUUUUGAGUUUGGACCAAAGGAUGAGUGGAGGUUGCAAGCGGGUCAGGGCGAUUCGUUGCAUGGCCCCAGCAGUCUUGCGUGA